AUGACGCGAAAAGACUUCGCGGACGAAAAUUCGGAUUACUUGUCUUCGCUACGGAAAAAAGCGUUCUUGCGGUACCGGCGCGGUUUUCGGUUCGAAAACCCACCUCGAAAGGGGAAAACAUUUCGCGCCCCGCGUGAACAGCAGCAGUCCGAUUUCGACGGUUGUCGUUUCCACAGAUCGCGUUCAACUCGGUUUUUCAAUGCUCCCGUCUAAAAAUUAUUAAUUAUGAUACGUAUAUUUUAAACGGUCGAUUAUUUUUAACUUCUUUUACGGCUUUUCGAUACCGCGGGCGAACGGUUACGUUGACAUAAUACGCGAGUUAUCUCUUUUCUCACCAAGUCAUUUUUGCCCGUAAUUACGGCCUCCCCCCCCCCCGUUCACGAAUGACCAUCGGGUAGUAAAGUCUUACCGUUACGGCGGCCGUUAGAACAUCAAUGUAUUGCGAAUUUCACAAAACCGGAAUGCGUUUGCGAAACCGUCGCCCGGCCCCUUAAAAACGUCGACGAAUCCGUAAUCGGUGCAGUCAGUAAUUAUUGACGUUGUGGUGAUAUCAGCGACAUUAUAAUCCCCGCAUUUUGGCGGACACGAUCGACCGACGGUGUUUAUUAGCUAUGAGUAUGCUCGACACACGGUGUUAUAUCAUAAUUUAAAACCGAGUCAACCCCCCGUCAACGGUUGAUUUUGGUCCUGAUCGCAAAAUAUAUAUUUUGUUCGAUCGGGGGGGGGGGGAAAUAAAUUUUACUCGUAUUCGGUAAUUUCGAGUAUAUUAUACUCGAUGAAAUUCUCCAUGAUCAUAGCAGUUAUUCUACGUGUUGACCAAGACGUCUCCGAAACCGGUAAAAACGCUCGCGCGUUCGCAUCGCACUAUUUAGCACAGCGAUUUCGAUUAUCGCGCGACACGUCGAUCCUCGGGUUUCACGUCACCAUCGUAAUGAUACGAAUUUAUUGUCCAUUUUUCAGGUGGCGUUACUCUGACCGAACUCCGCGUGCCCAGUUCCGUUAUGGCCAGCGUCAAGUCCGGCGUCGUUCUCGAUUGUCUCUACACAUUGCGUCCGAAUUCUGUCGGUCUCGUGGUGGCCUGGUAUUUCAACAACAGCGCCAGACCCGUUUACCAGUGGAUUCCCGGUGAAAAACCCUUGAGCAUGGGCGUGUUCCGUCACCGCACAAAUCUCGACUACAAAGUUUCCGACCACAAUGAAACCAUGCACCGGUACGUAUAUGAAAUACUUAAGAUUUCAUUCGUUUUUAUUUAUUUAUUUAAUUAUUAUUUUUUUUUUUUUUAUGUAUACAAUUUCCAACAAAAUCGAAUGCAUUAAAACCGUAGUAAAAUUUGAUCGGGAUUUGUUUGACGAUUUUAGAUUUUGAUAAUUCAUUAUUGCAGUGGUAGCUCGAAAUAUCUUUACCUCGAAUCACUGAUUUUUGAUCACUUGAAUCAUUGAUUUUCUGUCCACUUAUCCCAACUGAAAAUAAGGGGUAUUCGGUGAGGCGAGGGAAACUACCACAAAUCUAUCGAAAAUUAACAAAUUUCAACAAAAUCUAUAAUAUAUUGAUGACAUUUUCGCAGUAUAAAACAAUUCUUUUAAUGCGUGUUAUUUUGUAAAAACCUAAUAUUUUUUAGUGAUAUUUCUGAAUAUCCAGGCACCCACGACCCGCCCACUCGUUUUUUUGUGAAUCACGUGAUUUAUCUUCACCCCUUUCAAAUCGCCACCGAUAACAAUAUAUCGUUAAGAUUUUCCGUCUGAUAAAUUUUACACAAAAUCAUCCAAGUUUUAAAUGAACGUUUUCAAUGGCGUACUACACACGAGUAUCAUAAUAUUCUACCUCUUAAAUAUUUAAAUAUUCAAUCCGGAAAAACUGAAUUGAAUAUUAAUAAUGAUCGAAAACUACUUACAAACCACUUAGAUAUGUACGGUCAAAAUUAUACUUGUUCAUUUUCUAAACCCGCUCGUCGGUGUUUGUUUGCACAGGGCCCUGCACAUCAUCAAUCCGACUAUCGAGUUGUCCGGUGACUACCGAUGCGUUGUAUCCACUUACCAUGACGAAGAUUUCAUGAUCAAGAGAAUGAUUGUAUACUGUAAGUACCCAUUCCAUUCCGUUAAAAAAAAAAAAAAUAUAUAUAUAUUUAAAAUAAGAAAAAAAGUAGCUGGUAAAUAGUCUAGGGCUCGGAAGUUGUAGGAGUUGCAUAUUUUUCUGUGUGCACUGGGUUUAUUACGGACCAAGCUAGAAAAUAUUUCCACAUAAUGGAGAGUUUAAAAAUCGAAAGUUAAAAAUGCAUAUUUUGUUAAUUUCAGAGAAAAAGUGCAUGUUUCAUCGCAUUUAGUUUCGCAUAUUUUUAUGCAUAUUUAAUAUUUGCUAAAAAAAAAAAAAAUGAUUUUUUUAAUAUAUCUGUUCAUAUUAACAACAAUGAAAUUAUUUUAUUUAAACAUUUUUCAUCCAUAUUUUACAAUUUUUUAGUGUAUAUUUUGAAUUUUUUUUAGCUCCUAUAACCCCCGAGCCCUAUCUACGUGUACGAUUUUUGUCAAUUUUUCCCCACAAAGUGUGACUAUUGCGCUCUAUCUUAUAUAUACAAGAUUCAUUACCGGAUUGCGGUAUGAUCGAAUUAUCUCCACAGUCCAUUUGUCAACUGUAAACUGUUACAAUAAUACUAAUAAAACGUAAACAAAAUAUUAUUGCAACGAACGAUUUUCAAGUAAACUUUAUCGUCUCUGCGUUUAAAAAGGGACGCGAAUUGCCGUUUUAAAACCGAAAUUAUAAAAUUAAACCUUAUAAAGAAUUCCGAAAAAAUAAAUGAUCCACAACAACGAAAAUCCUACAAGAAAAGGAUCGUGAUAAAAUAAUCAUCCUACAUCGGUUCCGUGCCGUGUUCAGAUAUUAAUUAGCGGCUAUCAUUUCCGAUCCGAAUCGCCUCAAACGAGUGAAUUUAAGUUAUUUCAAAGGCGAAUUAAAUUGACUCAAGCGGGAAUGAUAAGUUUCAAUCGGUAUUUCAACAUGUUUCGCGGGAAUGGGGUGGUUUUAUUUCACUUUGAACAGUACUACAGAUCCCUCAAAUAAAGCUAUUAGAGGGGACGCUAUUCUUUACUGCGAAACGUGCCCGUCGGCGGUUUCAACAACAAUACGUUCCUCCCCCGCGUUUUCGUAACGAAAUGCCGUGAUUUUAGCUGAUAUUUUCAAAACCCGAUACCGAUUAACACCGUAAAGGGAACGAGCCGGACGGCGGAUAAUUCGACUGCCGUUCGCCGGUCGCGGGUUAAAAUUAAAAAAAAAAAAAUACUCGCGUUAUGUUUUAACAUUUUCAUUAAAAAUAUAUGUGUAUAACAUAUAGGGAGCGGAUUAUAAUGCAAAUUACAUUUUUUUUAUGUUCUAAAGCAAUGUUUUCCGAACACAAAAUUCAAUAUCAAAGAAUUUAGAUACGAAACUUUUAUUUUGUAUUUCUUGGCAUUUUAAAUGGUGAAUUUUUAGGUAUUUAAGGGAUUUUCUCUUCUUUUUAAAAACUUUAUAGCGUUAUCGGAAAAUCUGAUAGAAUCUAUUUCGAUUUCCUCCUAAAAGAAAAAAAAAUGCGUAUUUCUAUUUUUUAAAAUGUAUUUUAUCAGAUAAACUCACGAUGUCCCCGGCUCCAAUAAAGAAAACGAUAAGCUAUCUAUCGGGUUGUUGUCGUAUUGCACCGUUUCAACUGUUGGGUUCAGUGAUUAAUGUGUAUGCUUAAUAAAAACAAAAAUAUCGUUAUUUUUUUCAACGUUCAAAAAAAAUUUCAGAUUUAAAAUUUUUUUUUUUAAAAGAACUUUUUAAGGCGUUUCUACCGGUUUUCAAAUCGCGUCAAAUUUUAUUUGUUCGUGUUUUUUUAGACCGUUUAAAUCCGCAUUCUAAUAAUACACUCGCGCUGUUAUAAAGUUCGGUACACGCCCCCGGCGGUGUAUACGAAAAUCGCGCGAUGUAAUUUGGAAAACGACUCUGCGGAAAUUAUUGACGUUGUAAAAACGCAGUCACGUGUUAUAAUAAUACACAGGUGCCCACUAUACAUAAUUGCAACAGCAUUACUACCGCCGUAACAAUAAAAUAACGCGGCGCGUAAUAAAAUACUACUCGUUCGUUUUUUUUUUUUUGGUGACUUUUCUCGUACGGUAAUUUUCCGUUGUUUAACACGGUACAAUAACAAUACCGCCGGAUAUGCAUUUAGCGCGAAACGAUAAUAUUGUUAUGAUGCCGUUUGCGUAUCGGAAAAACUUUAUACAUUGUACGUUACCCGCAGAAACACGCGCGGAGAUCGCCAAUCUCUAACGGUUCACCCGUUGUAAACGCGAUAUUCCGGCACGGAAAUAAUAAUAUAGAAGGUUCGAAAACUUUAUUUUCCGUUUCGGUAUUUUCAUAAAUACGCGCCAAAUCAAACGCUUUUUCUCUUUUUUUUUUUUUCUUUUUUUUUUAUGAGAUCCGGGAUUUCAAUGCCCUUCGCGUCGUUUUGCAAAAGCGACGUUCGAUUUCGUCUUCGUCGAAUUCGUUCCGUGUAUUUUUUUUUUUAACGAGGACGAAUAAUUUUAAUUCGCAUUCAUCAAAGAUUAUCGAUUUUACGGUGAUUUUCUUUCCUUUGAAACAUUUCAGAGGGUUUUUGAGGCCCGGAUUUUAAACUUUCACGCGGCGCCGUGAUUCGUAUUACAUUAGCAUUGUAUUACCGGACGAAAGUUGUGUCAUAAUUAGGACGAAAUCAUCCCGUAUCCAGAUUCGAGUCGGUAUCGCGCUUAUCAAUUUUUUCAAAGUCAGAAGAGUUGCGAACCGGAUAGUUGAAACGGCGAAAUCCGGAAUUAUUAUACUCGAUUACUCAUUUCAAGUAUCCAAAUAUUAUUUUUAUUGUGAUUUGUGUGAUAAAUUUCAGGGUCUUCGGAUCUUAGUUACCUACCUAUAUAAUAUUAUGUGCUUUGUUAGUUCUUGGCGUGACUUUCGACCGUUUCGAUAAUUCUUUUUAAUUUGUGCGCAAACAUUCGUAACCCAAAUAUUUUCGAUCAUUACAUUUUACGAACACUCGAUCGAUUACGAUGACCGAAUAGUAGAGGUACAUCCGUGUAUCGUCACGUACAACAGCCGAAUAAUAUUUACGGACACGUGAACAUCCGCACAGAUAAUCGGAUUGUACGAAUUUCCGAACGGUGUCCGAAUCGACGCGCCCACGCUCUUUUCCCAAGUGGACUUCGAGGUCUCGUCACGAACUCCACUCGUGACCGCCCUAUUCACCGUAUGCCGAGUAGUCUUGAAAACGUGUGACUGUCCAACCAUAUUGCUCCGGCCCGUUUUUCCAUACAAAUCAAAUAAAACAAUUUCCGAUGACGGACGCCGAAUUCGGUUUUAUACGGAUUUUAAAAUAACCCGGUGUCCGGACAGUUCCGACACCGUGCGAGCUCGUAAAUAUACGAGGCGUGACGGAAAACAACGAGAUUUCUUGUAUAAAAGCUGUGUGUUUUUUAAAAUUUUACAAUUUAAUGUUCGUCAACCUUCUGUCGCGACUCGUAAACUGCGUCCGAAACAUUCGGUAAAAGCCCACCCUGACCCCUUAACGCCCCCGCCAUAUCGCGACGGGCCUCGAUGUUUCCCGAGCCUUUUGUGAUGGGACGCCCGAACGGAUCCCCGUAGGUUAACGACGACGCGGGCGGCUACUGAGUUAUCGCGACCGCUGUGCCGGGGCCGAAAACCGGACUCCGGGACAAUAAUUUUCAUUUGUCGCGAACCGCGGCCGAUAAAAUAUUAUUUCGCCCGGGGAACCGAUAACGCGCGUCAUUAAGUCUCGGCCGGUUUAUGUAAAUCUUCGGUUGUUUAUUAUUUUAUUUUUUUUCUUCUCGCCCCCGGGGUUUUGUCGUUCGCGCGGUUCCGUCGCGUAUAAUUUAUGUUUUCGUGCACACCUUUCCUCCGUGUGCGGCACGACGGUAACGACGCACGCCCCCGUUCAAACGCUUUCGGCGCCGGGAAUCACUUAUUGUUUCGGCGCGCCGAUGAUAUAUUUUUAUUUAAAUGGCGAAAAAACCGUUUCUACGGAACGUCGCAAUAAGCGCCGCGGGCCGCGCGAGUUCUCAACGAACGAUAACAUCUCAGACCGGCGGACCGUAUCGUACAAUAAUAUCGUAAUACCUACGCGCGAAUUAAAAUAACGCGAUUUUUCAAAAUCAAAUAGUUCGCCCAACGAAAUAAUAAAUUCGAUUACGCGACGUCGCGGGUACGCCGUCAACACUAUCCCUCCCUCUUUAUUAAAACCAACAGAAUAUAAUUAAAACUAAUUAUUUUGAAUUGACAUUCUACGAAGACCGUUUGGUCUGCGCGUGUCAAAUUACUUUCGUUGCGAAACGCGUUGCAGGACCCCUCAUUCGCCCCGAACUCCGUCGGUGGAACCGCGGUCUUCAAAGGGCGGAAUGUCCUUUAUCCUUUAUUGCCGCCGCACACGCGCGAGGCGGACGGAGUGAAAACGAAUUGUGUGUUACGGUUGUCCCAAAUGGAAUAUAUUUCGGAAAUACGAUUUUAAUAUAAUCCGCGUGAAACGUUAUACCGCGGCGAAAACCCGCGGCACGCUGAAACACGUGAAAAAUCGGUGUUCGGCCACGCCGCUUCCACUCCCGCCACUCGUCAAAUCCAACGACGGUAUAAUCGUUUUCCCCGACGGAAUCGCUUAGAUAGCGUGAGUGCGGCGGAGGGGGGGAGGGGGGGAGAAAGGAAAUCGAGUCGUUUCCGAUACAUUGCUCAGUGUUCGGAAUACGAUCGCGACGGCACUGCUGACCGUGUCUUCGACCGCGUCUUUUUCCAUCGGACAUCGCAUACGAUAUCCGCGUACCGAUCUACGACGGCGAUGCGUCCGGUUCGAACCAAAUGUGUUCGUGGAUGGCUCGCGCGAAUCCCGCGCAACGCUAACGUACGAGAAAAUCUACGCGUUUAUUACACGUGGAGGACAAUUAUAAUAACAACGCGAUAGAAAACUUGCCCAACGGAACAAACCGAUCGUAUAUUAUUUGUAAUCGGUAUACCGAUAAUAAUUAAAAAUGUUUCGUCUAAAUUCCUAAUCUUUAUGGUUUUUUUUUUUUUUUUUUUUAAACUACGACAAACCAUACAAUUUUACGGUUAAUUUUUUUUUACGGUUUAAAUUCCAAAAAUAAUAUAGGUGUGCGAUUUAAUUGGUUCUGCAUACUGUUGUAUAUGCGUACUUGGAAGGUAGGACGUAUAGGGUGACGUCGGCGACGAUAAAUAACUGUAAACGAUGAAAACAUUCUGAGUGUAGUAGUAUUGUUCGUGUUUUUGGUCACCCGAAAAAUCGACGAAAAUAAAAUCGAUGUAUCAACAUGUUGAUAGUUUUUUUUUUUUAUUUUUCAUUAUUUAAUAAAUUGUCGGUAAUUUUUACGGGUUUUUUUUCCCGCAAUAGAGUAUUGUUGGGCGAAAAAUCGGUAUCAUUCAAUGCACGGCGCGUACGAUUCGAAGCUAUCUAACUAACCGAAAUAGUGUGUUUUCCGAGAAAAAAAAACAAUUGUCAAAGUAAAAGUCAUAGCCUUUUCGACAAAACACUCGGAAUCUAAAAUUCCUAUACAGUAGAACGCGCAUUUGUCAAUGUUUCACUCACAUUCGGCAGAUGCAUAAUGCAUAAUAAUAUUAUGUUUGAAAUGACUGCGGGUAAUGAUUUUGAUUUCGAAACCUCGGAAACUUUAAUCUAUAUUAGAUUAGUGUUGUGUGAUGCCUUUUAAACUUUAAAAGUAAACGAAACUUUGAAAAUUACGACAUUUUCACGCGAGAAACGUGCUGACAGCGGAAUUGUAUUUGUUUUUUUUUUUUUUUCGUUCCUAAUUAAAGUCCGUCGUUGUUGUCUUGUGUGCCGGGGAUCAGUCACAGUAUAUUCCGUAGUUUUGAACAAUUUAAUUUCGACACUGUUCGAGCGCCACCGCCGCCGCCGAGAGCAAAUUUCGAGGGUUUACUAUAUGCCAUGCCGCGCGUGUAG